GGCAGACAGCCAGGAAAGGACGAUGGUGGGAGUUGAGACUGUGGCUGCUGUAAUUGGCGGGAAACAUCCUUCCCUGCUAGAACAAGUGGCGCGUAAGAAGUCUUUGAUAUCCCAGCUCCUGAUGAACGGUUCCAUCGUCCUGCUAGUGACGGGUGUCGGGAUGCCUGUCGGAUUCUCUGCCAUUCUUCUCCCUCAGCUCCAGAGUGUCGACUCUUCUUUAUCCACAGACGACGAUCAAGCAUCUUGGAUCGCUAGUGUUCACUCCAUCAUGACGCCGGUGGGAGCAGUGAUGGCUGGUUCCUGGAUGGAUCGCUACGGACGACGCAGAGUGCUGCAAGCGGCGACUCUCCCUUUGGUCUUAGGGUGGCUUCUCAUCAGUCUGUCCGCCUCCCACCCUCCGCUCCUGGUGGGGAGGAUGAUGGCGGGGUUCGCCGUGGGGAUGGUACCCGCCACCGCCCAGGUAUUAAUUGGUGAGAUCUCAGAGCCCAGACUCCGCGGUGUGUUCGGAAGUUCUCCCGGGAUUGCCUACGCUCUGGGCAUCCUCGUCGUGUAUGCCCUGGGCAGUGUAUUGCCUUGGCGUAUAGUGGCAGUCCUGGGCAUAGUGUUGCCCGCCACGGGGUGUCUUCUGUUGGUAGCCAUGCCCGAGAGUCCAGUAUGGCUGGUCCAUCAAGGACGGACUGACGACGCUAGAAAAGCUCUGAUGUGGCUGCGGGGGGAAGACAACAACAAGGUUAACCACGAACUACAUUCCCUCCUUGUACAUCUCAAGGCUGAGGAAGACCGUUUGUCUCAAGAGGCUCAGUCCGAGGCCUCGUGUACACUGUUGCCUAAUUGCCUCACUUGCCUUGCGAGACCCGAGGUCGCAAAACCCUUCGCAAUCAUCCUGGUGUUCUGCCUCCUCCAGAUCCUCUCCGGAUCCUACAUUGUCAUCUUCUACGGCGUCGACAUCGUCAGCAGCGCAGUAGGAGCGUCAGACUCGGACCUGCAGAGUCUCACAGUGGCUGUUGUCACAGCUGCGAUCAGGUUCGUCGUUUCAAUACUAACAACGGUCAGUCUGCUAAGGCUUGGUAGGCGAAAGAUCGGCAUCAUCUCGGGUUUGGGCACUUCUGUCGCCUGCUUCCUUCUCGUCGGCUACCUGCAACUCAAGAGGUACGCCUUCGUCACCUUCCCGCCCAGCGGGGACGUUUGGGUCAUCUCUGGACUCAUAGUCUUCUAUGUCGCCCUCAACACCUUCGGGAUCUUCGGGCUGCCGAGUCUCAUGCUUGGAGAGGUUCUCCCCUCCAGUGUGCGAGGGUUCGUAUCUGGGUUCCUGGUCAUGUUGAUCAACCUCCUCAUCUUCUCCACAGUCAAGCUGUACCCUCUGGUCGCCCGGGGGCUUGGCCCCAGUGGCGUGUUCCUCGUCUUCGGCGUGACUGCCUCCGCCAUCACCCUGUACGUGUACCUCUUCCUCCCAGAGACCAAGGACCGCCCUCUCACCCAGAUCGAGCAGUACUUCGCCACCGGGAAGAAUUUCCUUUGGGCAUCGAGAGAUAGGUCGCUGAUGGCGAAAAAUAACGGUUUAGUAUGACGAAUUCUUGAAUGUUGUUUCUGUGAAAAGAGAACGUCCGUGUUGAAUUUAAAGAAUGGGACCGAGAAGGGUUUGGUUGAUCUUCAAAUAUUGAUACAUUCCAUUUACAUGUUUACAAUUUCCAUGCAACAAAGUGUGCUUGUGUAAAUUUACUGGUUUUCAUAAUGAUAACUUAUUUCAUUUUGAAUACCAAUUAGCUGCAGCUGUGAAAAUUGGUUACCUCUGCUUGGAUAGUAUUGUUUAUAAUGAAUUGAACUUAGCUUGCAUACCAACAGAAAACCUUAACACCAGAGUAUGAGUUAAAGGGUCGAAACACUGAUGAUUUCUUUAGAUGCCCAGUUAAGUAAGUAAGGAACCCAUUAAAACAUCACGAUCUGCAGAUUACAAGUAUUAUUAGGAAUAUGUUCUUUAUAACAUAAGUAUCUGUGAUAAAAUAUGUUUAAG